GUUUUAUCAACUUAUAGCUAGCUGCUCUCUAUCAUCGUCAUGAAGCAUCACUUUAUCGUCAAGCCCAUUUCACUCUGCCGAUUUUACUCGUCAUCGGACCCAUGAAGCUGAAAGGGUUUGAAGUGAAGAUCAAGUGCGAAGGCCAUUUCUUGAAGGAGUACAAAGUUAAGAACGGUUCUGAGGAUGAAUCGAGUGUCAGUUGUUGGAUUGGUAGUGAGGCUGGAAAGGCAUUCUCUGUUCGCAUGAGAAAUAAAACAGAAAUUGAUAUGGGAUUCCAAUUCUGGUGCGAUGGUUGAGAGAUAAGUUUCAUUUCCGGCCCUAAGGGCCAAUCUGUGGAUCUACCCCAUCUCAACAUCUCGGCAACUGAACAACGUCCUUUCUUGUUCUCAGAGGUAUGACUCAUUGAUAGCUUAUGCCUCAUUCUGUUGAAGGAGCAUGAUACUGAACAUUCCCAGAAGAUGACAAUUCUGCAUUUUUCAAUGCAUACAAGGAUCUGGGACAUAUGUCCAUCAAGAUUUUCUGUGGCACUCUAUCCGAAACCCAUCCCCACACUCCCCAAGCAGUGCCUUCCCUUAUUGACCAUGUUCCAGAAAGAGCAAAGAAACUGGGCGGACACUCUUUCGUGUGAUUCUUUGUGGUGUUUGUCUGUUGCUCUACUAACACUAUCAUAAUAGAUUCAGACCAGCUCAGGAAAUGUCUGAAGAAAUGGAAGCAGUCGAAAUGGAUUGUAUAGAUGAUGAACCAUUCAUGACCUUCCAUUAUCACUACAGGCUGAAAGGUUUAUAAAUGACAAGGUUGAGAGACCACUGAAUUCCCAAAUUUGUAUGC